CUUCAACCUCAAAGGGUCGCCAAGUACAUAAGAGUAUCUACUGAUCCUGACAAUCGUUUCAUCGGUGAUAUUUCUCAACGGGCCCUAGUCAAUCUUUUAUUUUCCUUGCGUUUUUUGCACUGUUCGCUCAUUCGGUCCUUCUUUGUCGCGGGAAUUCUACUGUUUUCGCUCGUUUCGUCUCUUGACUUGGUAUAAGUCAUCUGUGAAGGACAAGAACGGGCUCCUUACGAUCGCAACGGGAAAAGUCGCCACGGCGAAGUUCUCUGCGUUCCGUUCGUUCUUGUCUUUCCGUCCUGUGCGCCUAGAGCACGCGUGUUCUUCGGAUAUCAGCUCUCAGGAGAAACGUUCGAAGCGAAACCACGAGCGAAGGGAGUUUCGAAGCCAGGUCAAGCCCAACACAUCCGCCGACGACAAGCACAAGAUCACCAUGUUCAAGCGCUCGUUCAGGUCGCACUCGACCAGCCAGGCUGGUGCGACGACCAUGGACUCGCAGUACAAGGUGGACAAGUCGGCGAGGCUGAAGCAGAAGGGCACAGCCUCGGCGAGCUCCGUACGGGACCCAACCAAGUUGUCGAAACUGCAGCGGUCGCUCACCGAACGCGAGGCCGCCUCGUCAUCAUCCUCGUCACGGCGGGGCGAUGCACACCAGCAGGCAAACCUCGCCCCCUCACCGAUCGUCACGCUCAUGGUCGGAGGGGAAGGGCGGCUGUUUGCGGCGCACGAGGAUGUCCUCUGCCAGAGCCCGUUUUUCAAGCAGGCCUUGCGCGGUGGCUACCUCGAGCAGUCGUAUGCGCAGUCCAGGAGAAUCGCGCUCCCGGAUGAGGAGCCAGAAGUCUUCUCGGCGGUCCUCGAGUACCUCUACAAGGGCGACUACUACCCACGUCUGCUCCACAACAAGCACCGCAGCUCUUGGGAGCUCGAGGACUCCAACACCACCACCACCACCACCGGCCGCACCUCGCGCCGAGGAGGCACACCAAACGCAUCACCCAACAUCGCCCACAAUGAAAACCACUACGGGGGUGGUCGCGCAGCCACGACGGGGUCUUCUGCCACCAGCACCCCGCGCAUCUCUGCGGCUGCCGAGGCGACAAUCUACCUGCCGAGCGCGGGCCACCACAUCCUGCGGGAUACCGUGGUGUACUGUGCUGCGGAGCGGUACGGCCUGGAGGAGCUGAAGCGGCUCGCGCUGCGGAAGCAGGGCCUCCAGACGGGCAUCGACGUGGGCACCAUCCUGCGCAGUGCCCAGUACUGCUACGCCCACACCCCAGACUCGGACAGCCGCCUGCGCGCCCACUACCUGGCGCUGAUCAUCCGGUGCCGCAAGACCUUCAAGCGCAGCGGCACCAUGCAGGCCGAGAUGGAGAAGGGAGGAGAGGGCUCCAAGCUGUACUUUGACCUCUUUGUCGCGCUGUGCAACCACCUUGACGAUGUUGUCGAGGCGGGGAACAGGGGCAGCCCGAGGACUAUCUAA